AUGGCAGCUCCGACUCCCAUGACCCUGGAGUCUCGUGUCGGGUCCUUUCAGACCGACUCCGAUGUGGACUGCGCAGGGCACAGUGUGAGCUCCCUCGACUCUUUGAAGCCGGGAGUGCUGAACCAGAUGAAAGGAAUGGAUUUCGACCGCCUCACAGAGAUUCAGCAGCUGGCCCUGCUCACUCCUCACUUGGUGCUCAAGGCACAGACACUUCGCAAUCCUACGAAGCUUCUGCUGCUGAUCCAGGCCAGGCAACGACAGACAUCAAUCGCGAAGGGGAGCACCAAGAUGCAAGCUUCCUCCUGA